AUGGGGCUCUUACCACGACUACGGGUUCUCCCAGAAGAAGCUUAUAAGGAUUCGACCGAUGUGUCUUUAAGCUCAGUGGAUAUCCAGGAAAAAGUUUCUCCAAGUCCCAAAGCUGAUGGUACAACUGUCGAGGCGUUGGAGAGUGAAAGCCAAGAACCUGGCACACUUCAGAGCGGAAUCCCAUAUGAAUUGCGCGACGAGAAGGGCCGUAAAUGGUGGAAAUACUUUGAUGAGUUCGAAUACCGUGCCAACUCAGAAUACAAAAAGUCCCGGAAUUGGUAUAGCUUUCUGUACCCAAAUCACACCACGCAAACUAAAGCGGAACGUACUUUACUGUACAAACUGGAUCUGAUGAUCGGUCUUUACUUUUUGAUGUUGUGUUGGUGCAAGUCGCUCGACACCAACAACUACAUCAAUGCUUAUUUCUCAGGGAUGCAAAAAGACCUCAACAUGACCAAGAACGAUUACAUCAACACUACGGCUAUCUCUAACGUGGGUGCUAUUGUGUUGCAGCUACCAUUCAUGUUUUUUUUGCCCAGAUAUCCCACGCAUCUCAUCCUGCCCAUCAUGGAUCUGGGCUGGUCUUUCUUCACUUUUGCCUGCUACAGGGCAAACUCAUUGGCAGAACUCAGAGCUUACCGUUUUAUGGUCAGCGCUUUUGGAUCCGCCUAUUAUCCUGUGUCUCAAUACAUUCUCGGCUCCUGGUACGCCCCCGAUGAAAUUAGCUCGAGGGUGUGCUUGUUUUUCUGUGGUCAACUACUUGGUGGUGUAACGUCAGGACUGUUACAGGCCAGAACUUACAAAGAUUUGAAUGGAGUUCACGGUAUUGCCGGAUGGAGGUGGAUGUUUUUGAUUGACGGAAUUGCCAUCUCAAUUCCCUGUGCGAUUAUUGGUUUUUUCGUCAUUCCUGGAGUUCCAUCAAAAUGCUAUUCUUUGUUUUUGUCCGACGAAGAGAUUAGAAUCGCGCGUGCUAGAAACAAGAGACUCCAGAUCAAGGACGCUGUCGACAAAACCAAACUGCUAUCUUUGUUCUCGUGGAAAAUCUGGAAGAAAGUCUUUUUCACCCCUGUGUUCUGGGUGCUACUCGUGUUUGACACCUGCUCUUGGAACAACAUGACAGCCUUUAGUGGUAGUUUCUUGUUUUGGCUGAAAAACGAUCACAACUACUCGGUGGUAAAAAUCAACAAUUUAAGUGUGCUACCUGCCUGCCUUGGAUUCAUUUUCGUGUUUUUCUGCGCAUUGGGCGCCGAUGUGUUUCGCACGAAGUGGGUCUUCAUGGUGUUUUCUCAAAUGAUGAACUGUAUUUCUUGUGCGAUUUUGAUAAAAUGGGAUGUUUCGAACGGUGCGAAAUGGUUUGCCUUUUUGAUAACCUACUUUUCUGUUGCCGCGUCUCCAUGCCUGUGGUCUUUCAUUAAUGAUUUCCUGAGACUAGACCCUCAAUUGAAGGCAGUGACGUGGAUCGCCAUUUACAGUUUCUCGCAAUCCACGUAUGCAUGGAUUCCGACCUUGGCUUGGAAGACGGUCGAACAGCCCCGGUUCAAGACGGGUUACACUGUGAGUUUGAUUUUCUCAGCAAUUUACGGCCUGUGGACUUUUGUCGUGCUAUACUUUUACAAGAGAAACGAAAAGAAGAACGCCCUUGGCAACGGUAUAAUUCUCUACAACAGCGACAACGGAGAGGCUCCGCCCACGUUCGUUGACACGCAAAUGGAGAAAAGAGGCGAGUACUACUUCGUCAGAGAAACGGAUACCGAAAAGCGCGACAUUUGA